GCAAAUUGUGGGCAUGUGAAUGGGGGCAUUCAACAAAUAGUUGAAAAUGUAGGGACCUAUUUGUCAAAAAAAAAAAAUUCAGGGAUAGACAUUUCAUGGCCAUACAUACAUAAGGACAUGUUUCUCUCUCCCUGCAGACGCACACCCAUCUUCCCCUCUCCUUUUCCCAUCCCUUCUCUCUCUCUCUCUCUCUCUCUCUCUCAAAUCAGAUAUGGUGGACGGGCAGAGACUACCACCAAGGCGCACUUGAUUAAUUUCUGAGCGGAGAGAUCGGCAGAUAUGGGGCCCUACGACUCUGCAAGCAGCUCCGGCAGCUCUUCCUCUUGCCCCGGCAAGCCCUCUCCCUCUGACCUGGACGAUGCUCUCGCCGACGCUGGCUACAGGGUCCGCUCCUCUGAUCUCCGGCAGGUUGCCCACCGCCUCCAACGCCUCGAAACCGUCAUGGAUAACGCUCCCAGCGAGAUCCCCCACCUCACCUCCGACGCCGUCCACUACAACCCCUCCGACCUCAACUCCUGGGUCCACUCCAUGCUCUCCGUCUCCGAGCCUCACCACCCCCCUCCCCUCCCCUCCGACCUCUCCGAUUUCUCCGAUCUUCCCUACAUUCACGGCCCCCCUCAGCAACUUGUCCCCACAAAUCAACAGAAUCAAUUCGCGGCCGUGACGACGGCGGGGGAGGAAGAUUCCGGAAUCAGGCUCGUGCACACGCUGGUCUCGUGCGCGGAGUCGGUGCAACGUGGUGAGCUUCCAUUGGCCCGGUGCUUAAUAGACGAGCUGCAGGCCUUGCUUGCCCGCGUGAACACCGCGUGUGGUAUCGGAAAAGUCGCCCGCUGCUUCAUCGACGCUCUGACUCGUCGGAUUUUCGGGCCGCCGCCCCCACCGCCGCAGGCGGUAGCUGGCUGCGAGAACGAUAUACUGUACCAUAGCUUCUACGAGGCUUGCCCCUACCUCAAAUUCGCUCACUUCACGGCUAAUCAAGCGAUAUUGGAAGCUUUUAAUGGCUGCGAUUGCGUCCACGUGGUCGACUUCAACCUAAUGCAGGGCUUGCAGUGGCCGGCACUGAUUCAAGCUUUGGCCCUCCGUCCAGGUGGGCCUCCAAAACUCCGACUAACCGGCAUUGGCCCACCAUCCCCGGACGGGCGCGACUCGCUUCGCGAAAUUGGGAUCCGACUCGGAGAACUGGCCCGGUCCGUCAAUGUCGGGUUCGCCUUCCGCGGCGUCGCGGCGGCUCGGCUCGACGACGUCCAGCCGUGGAUGAUUCACGUGAGGCCGGAAGAAGCCCUGGCCGUGAACUCCAUCUUGCAGCUCCACCGGCUACUCGGGUCGGACGCGACCCGAGUUUCGCCCAUCAAUUCGGUUCUGAGAUGGAUCCGGGAGUUGAACCCGAAGAUAAUGACGGUGGUGGAGCAAGAGGCGAACCACAACCAACCCGGUUUCCUGGAGCGGUUCACGGAGGCUCUGUACUACUACUCGACCGUGUUCGACUCGCUGGAAGUGUGUCCCGUCCAGCCGGAGAGAACCGUGGCGGAGAUGUACAUCCAGAGGGAGAUAUGCAACGUGGUGUGUUGUGAGGGGCUGGACCGGGUGGAGCGGCACGAGCCGCUGGCGGAGUGGAGGGGUCGGCUCAGAGGGGCCGGGUUCAGGCCGGUUCACCUCGGUUCGAACGCGUUCAAACAAGCCAGCAUGCUACUGAGCCUGUUCUCAGCCGAAGGGUACUGCGUUGAGGAGAACGAAGGGUGUUUGACACUCGGCUGGCACAGCCGCCCACUCAUCGCCGCAUCUGCUUGGCAAGUGGCGCCCCCUGUGGCGGCGCCGGCGGCGACGAAUCAACGGAAUGUGAUGGUGCAUUGACUAUUGGCUUCUGGGAUUCACUAGCUUCAUUUAAUGAGGUUAAUUUUAGGAUAUGCGCAUUUAAAAAAAAAAAAACUAUAAAAUGAUUUUGUUAGGCACUGUGGUUAGCAGUGGCAACGUCUGGCAUAAUUGGGUUCCAGUAGGGAACCAAAUAUCAUUCAAAGUUGGGUCGUUUGAGUUGCGGGUUGGUUUCACAACUUUCCAUUAAAUGCAAUUCCCACAGAAGAUCAGUUUGGUUGGCCUCUAUGGGUUUUAGCAAUUCCAUAGAACAUGAAAUUCAGGCUUCGUGUUAAUUAAAUAAAAUAUAAUAUUUCAAUCUAUAUAAAUUUAAAUUUAAGUCUUAAAA